CUGCCACUCGAUUGGGCCGUCACCACAAGCCCCGCCUUCUUGAAAGGAGCUUUAAGACGUCUGUGGCUGACUCGGUAAAUAAGAUACGUCAACACUCCAGCCGUUAGAAUGAUCAACUGGAAGGCCUUGGACAACGUCCCCCUCCUCCUCUACAUCCUGGCCCUGAAGACGCUGCUGCUGUGCUUGGCGUUCGCCGGGGCAAAGAUCUACCAAAGUCGGAAGGCAGACGCGGCGCUGAAGAAGGAGCUGGCGGCGAAGAGGCUGCUGGCCCAGCAGACGCAGGAGCUCUUGGACAACAAGAAGGACGACUGAGGAGAGCGGAGGAGCGGCUGCACUCAGAGAAACCUGCUGCUGACCUGAAGACGGGGGCCACUAGAUGCUUCCGACACAAGGACCUUCCUGUGCUUCGGGAAAUUGUUUGGGGUUCUGUUCCUUUUUUUUUUUUUAGUUGUUCUUAAAAUCAAAUGGCAGCAGAAACCACGCGGUGUCGCUGAAGCUCGGCCGGGAGGAGGGACUUUUUUUAAACAGCUGAGAGCUGAACUCUUGUCAACAAACCACAGCCGGCACAGCAUCCACUCGUCAUUUCACACACUCCUUUCUGGUCCUCAUCUUCUGCCCCGUUUGUACUCUUUAUCUAUCUCCACAUUUGAAUAGGCCUCACGUUGUACAUCAGAAUAGUGGAUGGUAGUCAGGACUGCUUAUUUUGUAAAGAAAACAACUCAGUAUUUAUUCUGUAAUAUUCCUUGUAAAUUGUCAACUGACUUUGUGCCAAGCUUUUGUAAUGACAUUAAAUGGUUUGUUCCACAUA